AGCAUGUAGAAAAUAAUGAGAAAGAAAAAUUGAUGUAUAUCGUUCGAAAUCUUAAAGUCUGCAGUUUGAAAGAUAAUUUUUAUAACUGAACGCUUUGGAAGCUAAACAACAAUGGCGACGGAAAUCAGAGCCGGCAGACCUACGAUGCCCACGAUAACGCAAUCGAAGAGACCAAUAUUUAUUUACCCCACUGUCUCGCCGGAGAGCAUAAUCGUGCCCAUCGUCUCCUGCAUCCUCGGCUUCCCGCUGCUGGCGCUCAUGCUGAUCUGCUGUCUCAGGAGGAGGGCGAAGCUCGCGAGGGCGAGAGCGAGGCGACGGAACUGUGACGUGGAACACGGGGCCCUGAGCCUCGUGCGCUUCAGCCCGGUGCAUCGGCUAGCUGGUAUUGAGAAGCCUCCAAAAGCAUUGACUAUUCGAGCUGAUCGAGGUUCCAGGGCCUUUGCUACUUUGGAAUUAGACACUGUCCUUGAGGAGCGUUCCGAUCCUGACAUGAGCACGGGCCUAGAAAUGAGUACUCCCGAAUAACAUAUAGCCUCGGCGAUUUCUAGAUCGCCACGCAGCUCUCGAUCGAAUCUGGUGCCAGUUCCUGUGGAUCACAGCCCCCUGUGGACGACGCUGACGAACGCGAGUGGGGUAGAGGACGACGAGCUCGAGAGCACCUAGCAGGAAUCUCCAGGCGCGAGCUUCAUCGGAGCUCUCGUCCUGGACCUGCCAAUUAUCUACUGACGCGAAUCGCAGUCUGGGCUGUCCUCGGCAGUCACAGACUCGCCCAUGAGACUCGUCCGUGUAAGCGACGACAACGGUGGCCGCGGCACUCGAGUUUUCAUCAGUUGCCCCAUCGACGAGCAUUAAUUCGGUCUCCGUGCAAGACUUUGCCCGAUACUCGGACCUCGGACGCGGAUUCUUCCUUUACCCACCCUUUCGUACAUCUUCCUCUGCUGUCCUGGUUAUUGCAUCGUUUCCCGAGUACUCAUCGACGUUUAAAAAAGUACCGCUCCCACUUUCACUGACAAUUUGCGCUUUUACCGUAUUGAAUGAAUAUUGGCUUUGAAAAUAAAAUUACCACCUCGCACAACAUAUCAGGGGGAGCAGUGCCAUUGUUAAUUGAGAAUGUGCAAUAUUACUCAUGCGAAGGGAAAUGUGUUUUCGAAGUUUAUGAAAGGAACGUUUUAUCGAUACUAGGUUAUGUUCUUGACGUUGCAGUGUUACGAAGACCAACUAAUCGUAAAAUUUUUCAUGUCCAUUGAAGUUUCGCAGCUUGUUAAUUAUUAGAAGCGUAUCAUUUGCAAAACCGUUUGUACAAUAAUAUUGAUUUUCUGUAAAUGCGAAUACCUAGCUUCAAUGUUUUAUCCGAUAACGCUCGAUCAUUUUAAAAUAGA